CCGCCGCCGCUCGCAGCGACUGAGGCCGAGAGGGGUGGGGGGGGGGGAGCCGGGCUGCGCCGCGCUCCGCUCCGCGUCCGCCCCGCGGUCCGCUGGCCAUGGCCGCCCCCGCGCCCUACCUGCGGCGCUGAGGAGCGGCGGGGCGGGGCGGCGACCGGGAGAGCUUUUUGUCCUCCUCCGCGGUGCUAGUUUUUUUUUUUUAUCAUUAUUUUUUAUAAUCUUUUUUUAGUAUUGUUUUAAAUCGUCGCUUUUAUUUUUAUUUUAUUGUUAUUAUUAUUUUUUUCUUGCGGCGGGGCCGUGCCGCGUUGCGGUACGGUGCCCGGCGAUGCGGUGCCUCGCGUUGCUCGGCCUCGUCGCCUGGGGCCUGGGCAGCUCGGCCGGGCCCAGCGGCGGGGCCUCUCCACCACCGUGCCCGGCCUCCUGCAGCUGCGACGGGGAUCGAGGAGUCGAUUGCUCCGGCCGGGGGUUGGCCGCGGUGCCGCCGGGGCUCAGCGCCUUCACACACGCACUGGAUGUCAGCAUGAACAACAUCACCAGGCUACCAGAGGAUGCGUUCAAGAACUUUCCCUACUUGGAAGAACUGCGACUGGCUGGCAAUGACCUUUCUUUUAUCCAUCCGAAGGCCUUGUCUGGAUUGAAAGAACUCAAAGUUCUAACCCUGCAGAACAACCAGCUGAAGACUGUCCCUAACGAAGCCAUCAGAGGAUUGAGUGGUUUACAGUCCUUGCGUUUGGAUGCUAACCACAUCACAGCUGUUCCCAAAGACAGCUUUGAGGGGCUGGUGCAGUUGCGUCACCUUUGGUUGGAUGACAACAGUUUGACAGAAGUUCCCAUCCAUCCGCUGAGCAACCUCCCCUCCCUGCAGGCGUUGACGCUGGCCCUCAACAAAAUAACGCACAUUCCUGACUACGCAUUCACAAACCUCUCAAGUCUUGUUGUUCUACAUCUUCAUAACAAUAAAAUAAAAACAAUAGGAAAACACUGUUUUGAUGGUUUGGACAACCUUGAAACCUUGGACUUAAAUUAUAAUAACAUGGUGGAAUUCCCCGAAGCCAUAAAAGCACUCCCAAAUCUAAAAGAGUUGGCAUUUCACAGUAACUAUAUUUCCAUAAUUCCUGAUGGUGCAUUUGCAGGAAACCCCCUUCUAAGAACGAUACAUUUGUAUGAUAAUCCUUUGUCUUUUGUGGGGAACUCAGCGUUUCAGAAUCUGUCAGAUCUGCAUUCCCUGGUCAUUCGGGGUGCCAGCAUGGUGCAGUGGUUUCCUAAUCUGACAGGAACCGUUAAUCUGGAGAGUUUGACUCUAACGGGGACCAAGAUAAACAGUAUUCCUGUUAAUUUAUGCCAAGAGCAAAAGAUGCUGCGAACUUUGGACUUGUCUUAUAACAAUAUAAAGGACCUCCCAAGUUUUACGGGCUGCCACUCCUUGGAAGAAAUUUCCUUACAGCAUAAUCAGAUCCAUGAAGUCACAGAUGAUACCUUUCAAGGACUGUCCUCCCUUCGUGUGCUCGACCUCAGUAGAAAUCGAAUUCGUAAGAUCCACAAGGAAGCUUUCACCACCAUUGCAGCUAUUGUUAAUCUAGACCUAAGUUUCAAUGAACUCACCUCAGUUCCAACAGAAGGAUUGAGUGGAUUGAACCAACUUAAACUUGCAGGAAAUCCUGAGCUGAAAGAAGCUUUGGCGGCGAAGAACUUUGCAAAGCUUCGGUCUCUAUCUGUACCGUAUGCUUACCAGUGCUGUGCGUUUUGGGGCUGUGAUUCUUACUUAAACUCAAAUACUGAAGAUUCUGGUCAACAAGAUCAAGAUGCCACGGGGGAUCGUGAAAAGGCUGAUGCAGAUGGUCUAAGAAACGAGGAAAAUGCGGAGCUGGGUCAGGCUAUUAUUCACUGUACACCAGCAACAGGUGCUUUUAAACCUUGUGAAUACUUACUAGGAAGCUGGAUGAUUCGACUUACUGUCUGGUUUAUUUUUUUGGUUGCUUUGUUCUUCAACCUGCUUGUCAUGUUAACAGUAUUUGCAUCUUGUGCUCCAUUGCCAUCUUCCAAACUGUUCAUAGGUCUGAUUUCCAUCUCUAACUUAUUUAUGGGAGUCUAUACUGGUAUUUUAACUUUCUUGGAUGCUAUCUCUUGGGGAAGAUUUGCUGAAUUUGGCAUAUGGUGGGAGACAGGCAGCGGUUGCAGAGUCACUGGCUUCCUUGCGGUAUUUUCAUCAGAAAGCGCCAUUUUUUUCCUGAUGUUGGCGGCUGUUGAACGGAGCUUCUCUGCAAAGGAAAUCAUUAAAAAGGGGAAAAGCAAUCACCAAAAACAGUUUCAGAUUGCAGCAGUUCUUGCUUUCCUGUGUGCUGUGGUAGCAGGAUGCUUACCACUUUUCCAUAAAGCAAAGUAUUCGGCGUCGCCCCUUUGCUUGCCCUUCCCCACUGGAGAGACGCCGUCCCUGGGCUUCACAGUAACUUUAGUGCUUCUGAAUUCGUUGGCAUUUUUGCUGAUGGCUGUUAUCUACACUAAACUGUACUGCAACUUGGAAAAAGAGGACCUCUCAGAAAACUCGCAGUCCAGCAUGAUUAAGCACGUGGCGUGGCUCAUCUUCACAAACUGCAUCUUUUUCUGCCCCGUCGCGUUUUUCUCGUUUGCGCCGCUGAUCACUGCGAUUUCUAUCAGCCCUGAGAUCAUGAAGUCUGUUACCUUGAUAUUUUUUCCCCUACCCGCGUGCCUGAACCCGGUCCUGUACGUCUUCUUCAACCCAAAGUUCAAGGAGGACUGGAAGCUGCUCAGGCGCCAGGUGAGCAGGAAGAGCGGAGCGGUAGCCAUUGCUGUCAGCGCUCAGGGAGGAUGCGCCACGCAGGACUUUUACUAUGACUGCGGCGUGUACACGCACCUGCAGGGCGGCAGCAUCGCCGUGUGCGAGUGCUGCGAGUCGCUCCUCCUGUCCAAGCCCGUGCCAUGCAAACACUUGAUCAAAUCCCACAGCUGCCCCACGCUGGCGGUGGUGUCUUGCCAAAGGCCGGAUGGCUACUGGUCGGACUGCGGCACCCAGUCGGCCCACUCUGACUACGCCGACGAAGACGAUUCCUUCGUGUCAGACAGCUCAGACCAAGUGCAGGCCUGUGGCCGGGCCUGCUUCUACCAAAGCCGAGGCUUCCCUCUGGUUCGCUACGCAUACAACAUACCAAGAAUCAAAGACUGAGCGGCUCGGCCGCUGGCUCUCCUGACGAGGAGCUGCCACGCUUCACAGACCGUUGCCUCUUUCAGCCUUUGCGAGCAGGAAGCACUUUUGUAAUCAUUCUUUAGUGUCAUUUCUAAAAGAAGGGAAGUGGGCAGUCAUUUCUUGAGCCAUACGUUUAAAAAGAAUUAAACAAAUAAAUAAAUUGCCCUGACUGUAAAUAAUUGGUCGACCAAAUUUGUUACCCGAUGUUUUUACUCUGUCCAAGCAAUAGCGGUUCCUUUUAUACCGGUUUUACAUGCUGAUGAUCUGUUUCCACGUUGUACUCCAGUUGUGUUUUACUUCUGCUGUCGAUAAGUUCUGACGUGUUGUUUUUCUUUCUGCCAAAGCACAAUAUAAAGGACAGCCGUUAAUAUUAAAGACAUUAUUUUUAAAUGUGACUUUUCUAUAAUUAAGCGGCAACUUUCUUGCUAGCUUUGUAUUCAGCAUCGAAUCUCAGGAUGAAUUUUACUGCAGGGCCAAAAAAGGGAUUAGUUCUCCCAUGCAUAACUGUGAGAGCAAUAUGGGAAUACCAUUUUUGUUUUGUAUUUCAAGCCAAUGUUCAGACUUUUUCUUUUUAAAAAAGGUUGUUGUAAUAAAAACACUUGUAAUCCGCAAUGUCUGCAGAGAAUGCAAUAAGAAUAUUGAGCUGUCAGGAGUAAUAGGGCCGAAGAUGUUUUUCAGUGACGAUGCAUUACUUCAGGUGAACCACAGCCAUCUUCUUCAGUAUUACGCAGUAGGGUCACGCCGUUGGAAGGAGCUUGGAUGCAUCAGGCACUGUGUUAGCAGUGCUGCCAGCGUAUGCAGCUUGUGGGUUGGUUAAAAAAACAAAAGUCUGGCUAAUGUUCUGCAGCCUGUUGAGUGCUAGUGCUUACCAAUGAUGUCAGUGUGAGCAGUUGUAGAUUUUAGCACGUGGGGAGGAAGCAGAAAGCAAUAUUCUUCGCAAUAGAAGAACAGUGAGUGUUGGUCAGUGCGCUAUUUUUAAACCGUUUAUGUCCUGAGAUCCAAAUGAUUUAAGUGAUCCCAAUGUAUCUGCAUUUAGUUUGAAAUCUUGCUAUCUGAUCGAUAUGAAAUGAUGGAUGCACAAUUAAGUAGUUAUGUUGUUUGAACAAAUAAAUCAGGAGCGAAUUUACUGCCAUCCCAGUUACUCUGGAAACAGUCUUCUUACGAUUUAAAGCUAGAUUGCAGUUUUUGAGAAUUAACCUGUAUAUACUGUUCAUACAAUGAAUUUUUAUCUUUGUAUUGUAAAUUAUUUGAUAGAACACAUGAUGGGAAAUGUGGCUUCACUUCAUUUUGUUAAUUAAAGCUACCUCCUAAACAAUAGUGGCUGCCAGUAGCAGAAUGUUUAAAAUGUGGUUUAUAUACUUUUUGCAUUGUAAAUAGACAUGGUUGUAUAUUGUCACUGUAAUAAAAACAGAAUCCUUGUAUAUCAAAAUCAUGUAGUUUGUACAAAAUAUGGGAGGAUUAUUUACUGUAUGCUGUUAAUUUUGUAAGCCAAAAUAUUCACGUGUAAAAACAGGAGAAAACCAAUGCAGAACUGUUAGUUCUUAUAUUUAUACUCAUGAAUAUUACAUCUGCAAUUAGCAUGGAAUGUUACACUGAAAGCAAAUAAAGGGUACAUGAACAUUGA